AUGGAAAAAGUUGCUGCUGAACGUGAGUCCUAUGGGAAGAAGCCUUUGGUGGUUAAAGCUGAUGUAUCAAAAGACACGGAAGCUAAAGCAGCUAUAGACAAAACUAUACAGAAAUUUGAGAAGCUGGACAUUUUAGUGAAUAACGUAAGAAUCUUAAGCGUUGCUGGAUCUUGUGUGGCGCCUCUGCUGCUAGUUUCUCACAGCGUAUCUAAAGCAUGCUUGAAUCAUUUUACCCGUGGGGCAGCUUUAGAACUGGCUCCAUAUGGAGUAAGGGUAAAUGCAAUAAGCCCUGGACCAGUGUACACUGACAUCUAUGAAAAUGCUGGAACGGUGAGUCAUGUAGAUAAAAGCAAUAUAAAGACACCCCACGGUACGAUAUCUGAUCCAAUUGAAAUAGCUCAUCUAGUUUUAUUUUUGUCCAGUGAUAAAGCUCAAGCCAUCACGGGCUCGAAUUAUAUGUCCGACAACGGAUACCUUUUGUCACCUUAA